AUGACACAGAAGACGGCACAAUCUCAUAAAAUAGAUAUAAAACAGAGCUCAGCACCUUGGUCAAUGAAAGUGGUCAAAGUGGACAUGACUAAAGUUCUUUCCGUCAAACCAUUAAAACAUGAUGUGGAGUUACUUUACACUUCUCCAGAACUCAUAAAUUAUUCAUUAUGGAAUAAAACAUGA